ACGAAGUAAACAGAUUUACAAUAAUAACAACAACAGGAACUCGAGGCGAGGCUUUCCACCUUCUCUACCCACUCCCUGUCCCCACUGCGCGCCCUCCACUGCAUUCCACUGAACGGUGUUUGGGUAUCGAUCUAUUGCCCCAAGCAGACGGCAGGCGCUGACACCUGCUGGCCGUUGAGUCGGUGUCAGUGCAACGGUUUUCUUUCUGCCCAGGUGCGCAUUCCACGAGCCCGUGAAGUGGACGGCACUACAGCUCAGGUGAUCGGCUGUCACGUCCCGUGGCAACACGCACACGUCAUCCACCCGACAGACACUCGACGUGCCACCAGCAGCCACAGAAGUGAGAGAAGGGUGGGGGCUGAUUAAUUAAUCUUGUUACGCAGAAUGGAGCGUGAUCUGAUGCCGGGUGCGAUCGGGAGGUAGGUCUGUCACUUUAUGGGGUCGGGGCCCAGCAAAGACAAGGCUCCGGCAAGCCGCUCUCCGGUCCAUGGAGGUGCGAAAGCUCCUGUUGCUAAUGUAAGCAGUGCUCCGCAGGCUGCGGAAAGUGCUAACAGGUCGACGGGAGAGUCGGGGCAGCCUGUAGACUUUUCUCAAAAGAAGGUAAAGUCGAGAGGGAAGUCGCCGACGGAGAGGAAUGAGCGUGGAGGCACAUCACGCGGCGAUGAAUGGUUUUCGUCGGAGAGAGAGCGACCGUCGCGCAGAAGUGAAGCAGAGGAGGAAGUGGAUGACGUUUUAGAUGAAGUGCUGAGAAUUCCUGUGGACAGUUCUGGGGCACGGAAGCCUGCAGCAACUUUUCAACUACAGCACGACAGGGAGCCAGAAGAAAGCUUACCGGAGACAUACGCACAACGCAGACAGAGAGAGCAGUACACCCUCGACCAACAGCUCUUGUUGAGGGAAAAGACUAUUUACAGAAACCCGCUUCACUGGCGGGGGGAAAAAGAAGUUGAGGAUGUACAUACAGGAGGAUUUGAUGCAUCUAAAUUUCGAAUGGCCAAUCAAGGACAGUCAGGAGUGCAGAGAGACACCCCUUCAAGUAACAAUGAUGACUUCCUAACAUCACACUCCUUGGAAACUACACACACAUGUGAUGACUUGGAUGUCAUACCAAAGUCAGACAACUUGUUAAGCAAGCUACCUGUCUACGAUCAGUCUGAAAUGGAUAUUCUGGCCUCUCUUGAAAGAGAAUUUCUGUGAAUUGGAAUGUCCCAAGUUUACUUGUUUUUAACUGCUAUUUUUUUAUUUUAUUAUUAUAGGAGGAUAAUCAAACACUUUGUAUAUUAUACAGUCUUUACCCAUCCUCUUAAAUGCAAGUUCACAUCAAAGGUUUCAUAAAGCAGUAGUUUUAAAAAAUAAAAAGGAAAGUGAAAAUGAGAAAAUCUUGAUUUUCAACAUUUUUAUGCACUCCUUCCGGUAAAAAAGCAGCUGCAUUUAUCAUCUCAGGCAGCCAUCUAAGCAUCUCACAGGCACAUUAAUUACUAGAAAAAUAUUAUUAUAAACAUCAUUUGUACAUAAAUGAAUAGGUUGACUGAUAGCAAUAGAUUGCUCUAGCAUGAAAUGUCCACAUAGUCUUUGUGAUACUGUAUAACAUCAAUCAAUCCAUGUAUACACAUAUACAAUCUUUUGAAUAACUUUGGCAGUUCAUGAUACAAAGCCAGACAAUGGCAAACCCAGCAAAAACUUUCCCAGAUUCAAUAAUUUAUGGUCGAGUAGUUCCCACAUUUUGAAUAGAGAUGUUCAACACAGAAAGGGGCAAUACGCUAAAACACACACACACACAUAUGACUAUACAUCUUCUGAUGACUUGCAUAUUGAGAUUUGAUCCAGUGCAGUCGUGCACUUUAUGCAGUCAUUGGUCAUCCAAAGUUGUAUGUUACGCUAACUUUUGAGAAUCUCUUCCAGGCAACCAAAAUCUAAUGUAGAAAAGUGUGGACAUGCAUGAAAAAAACUAAUUUUUUAAACUUUGUAAUAUAACCUAUAAAUGAAGAAUAAAAUGAAGAUUUUUAAA